CAGUGUAUCUGUGCCCACACACCCGAAACAGCAGUCGAUGAAAGAAUGCGUUGGAUGAAGUAGUUGUGGCGCAGCGAGCGGACUGGAAGACAGACUUCUCCAAGAAUACUUCUUUACGCGCACAAAGGAUGCGCGCGCCAGGAUAUGGCACUGCGAGCAGGGCGAAGAUAAAUAGUCCUCCAACAGAAUCCUGUCAAGGGGGACUAGUUGAAAACCAACAGUGAAACGCAUGGCUGUGGUCUCCUGUUUGGAUUUAUGUGUCUUGACCUGUAGCAAUAUCGGAUCUCCGUUUUCUUCUUUUUUCCCGUUUGCUUUGCUAUCGAAGAUUUCCGGGGAAGCUACAUGAUGAGAUGGACAGUCUUUCUGUUAGGCUACUUGUUGGUCAAAGUUAUGGCACUGCUGUGCUCCGCGGACGGUGCACAAGGACAGGAGAUGGAGGGCUUUAUAAUGAUAACGGGGUCUAACGGCUCUAGAGAUGAGGAGAUCGUCGUUACAGAAGCCCCGCAUUCAGAGGAUAAAUGCCGCGGAUACUACGACGUGAUGGGUCAGUGGGACCCACCGUUCGUUUGCGAAACGAACGACUAUUUGUUCUGCUGUGGCACCUGUGGCUUCCGAUUUUGCUGCGGGACCAAAGAUUCCCGUUUGGAUCAAAGCACCUGCACAAAUUAUGACACUCCGAAGUGGAUGUCAUCUGGUCAAACUCCGUACAAGAAGGCAAAUCCAAGCCAGGAUCGGACCAAGGACAGUACAAACUUUAUUGUCUAUAUCAUAUGUGGAGUGGUUGCAAUCAUGGCACUUGUCGGGAUAUUUACAAAACUUGGACUUGAAAAGGCACAUCGACCCCAAAGAGAAAAUAUGUCUAGAGCCGUAGCAAACGUCAUGCAGAGUGCCUGUUCAGCGGAACACGAAGGGGCCAUUGCAAUGCACGCCCAACACUAUGACACCAUGCAAGCAAGGGCUAGCAACUUACAAGGUGGGCAGAUCAACAACAGCAUGCCCCAGCAGCACCCGUAUCCUGUGCUGAGCCAGAUAGCACCCAUGUAUGAGCAGCAGCAGCAGCCUGGCAAGGAGCUCAACAAAUACGCCUCCCUCAAAGCUGUCGCGGAUAGAGCCAACGGUGACUUCUACAACAAACGCCGCCAUAUGUCCGAAACGGCAUCAAAGGGAAGCCUGCCCCUUCAUCCCAUGCGGAUGGAGCUCCACGAACCCACGGCCAAGUACAUCACUGAGAUCCCCUGCUCCAAGCAGAACGGACAGAAGCCCAAGAGCAGCAAAGUACAUGGACCAGCGCUGACCUACAGCUCCAACACCAUAGCCACCCCUGGCAUGCUCAAGGGCUGGGACGGGACAGAGACGGUGGGCCGGCGCAAGAUGUACGGACCCCGCAAGUCGCAUCCGCAGGACCAGCCGAACGAGCUCCACACGGCCCGCAGCCACCACUACCUACCCACCCAGCCCUACUUCGUCACCAACAGUAAGACGGAGGUAACCGUAUGA